AUGGCAGAGAUGGUUGAGAUGUCUGGAUCAGGUAUGUGUUCUUUGGUCGGUCUCCAACUGCUGGGCUGGAUGUGCUGCUGCUCUGGUCUACAGAAAACACUUAACACACACCCAGGGCAACGUGAAGCUAGUCCAAACAACCUUUAAUACUAGGGAGGAAUGGAGUAAAGAUACGUGAUGGGGGGGGAUAACAACAGAGUAGAAGGAAUAUUAACAUCAUAUAUGAUGUUAAUACACAUUAUAUGAUGAAAUGUUGGACUUGAGUCAUAUGAUUGAUUCAGGGUUCCAUGGCCAUCUGGAUAGCAGAAGAUUGUCUUGACUAUAUGUCAGCUGCCUCCACAUCCCAACCCACACAAGCAGAUGUCUCUUUCUCAACUUCCUGAAUUUCCAAAGUGCUCUUGACGCGAUUGCUUUUCUGCAUUUCAGGUAUGUCUUGGUUCAUCCUUUAAACAUGCCCUGGAUUUCAACAAACGCAGUAGCUACAGAAAAACUAACUCUUUCUCUAAGUCAGCCAAAAAUAGUUCAUGACAUUCCCUCCCUGGUUAAGAAAAGACCAAAUCGAAGAAAAACUUCAGCUUUCUCUCUCCUUUUAGUCUCAACCCCCUCUAUAUAGUGCAUUCGGAAUGUAUUCAGACCCCUUCCCUUUUUCCACAUUUUGUAAUGUUACAGCCUUAUUCUAAAAUCGAUACAAUAUUUUUUUUUCGUCAUCAAUCUACACACAAUACCCAUAAUGACGAAGCAAAAAACUAGUUUUUAGAACCUUUUGCUAAUUUAUAACAAAAAUAAAAAACUGAAAUACUUUACUUACAUAAGUAUUCAGACCCUUUGCUAUGAGACUCGAAAUUGAGCUCAGGUGCAUCCUGUUUCCAUUGAUCAUCCUUGAAAUGUUUCUACAACUUGAUUAGAGUCCACCUGUGAUAAAUGUAAUUUAUUAGACAUGAUUUGGAAAGGCACACACCUGUCUAUAUAAGGUCCCACAGUUGACAGUGCAUGUCAGAGCAAAAACCAAGCCGUGAGGUCGAAGGAAUUGUCCGUAGAGCUCCGAGACACGAUUGUGUCGAGGCACAGAUCUGAGGAAGGGUACCAAAACAUUUCUGCAGCAUUGAAGGUACCCAAGAACACAGUGGACUCCAUCACUGUUAAAUGGAAGAAGUUUGGAACCACCAAGACUCUUCCUAGAGCUGGCCACCCGGCCAAACUGAGGAAUCGUGGGAGAAGGGCCUUGGUCAGGGAGGUGACCAAGAACCUGAUGGUCACUCUGACAGAGCUCCAGAGUUCCUCGGUGGAGAUGGGAGAACCUCCAAGAAGGACAACCAUCUCUGCAGCACUCCACCAAUCAGGCCUUUAUGGUAGAGUGGCCAGAUGGAAGCCACUCCUCAGUAAAAGGCAUAUGACGGCCCGCUUGGAGUUUGAGUGGCCAGCCAGAGCCUGGACUUUAACCCAAUCGAACAUCUCUGGAGAGACCUGAAAAUAGCUGUGCAGCGACACUCCCCAACCAACCUGACAGAACUUGAGAGGAUCUGCAGAGAAGAUCACAUGUAGUCCCGUGUAGCUCAGUUGGUAGAGCAUGGCGUUUGCAACGCCAGGGUUGUGGGUUCGAUUCCCACGGGGGGCCAGUAUGAAAAUGUAUGCACUCACUAACUGUAAGUCGCUCUGGAUAAGAGCAUCUGCUAAAUGAAUUUUAAAAAAUUAAAAAUAAUUGGAGAAAGUCCCCAAGACGACUCGAGGCUGUAAUCGCUGCCAAAGGUGCUUCAACAAAGUACUGAGUAAAGGGUCUGAAUACUUAUGUAAAUGUAAUAUUUCCAUUUGUAUUUUUAAUACAUUUUCAAAAAAACUGUUUCUGAUUUGUCAUUAUGGGGUAUUGUGUGUAGAUUGAUGAGGGGAAAAAACAAUUUAAUCAAUUUUAGAAUAAGGCUGUAACGUAACAAAAUGUGGAAAAAGGGAAGGGGUCUGAAUACUUUCCAAAUGCACUGUAUAUCUUUAGAUGGGGCCCACUGGGCACAGACGUCAAUUCAACAUCUAUUCCACGUUGGUUCCAGGUAAUUUCAUUAAAAUUACGUGGAAACAACAUUGAUUUAACCAGUGUGUGCCAAGUGGGAGGAGGUCACCAGGGCGAAUAAAAACGCAGACAAAACGUAUCUUUUGAUUAUUUCUGGAUUCUGGGUAUACAGGCAUGAUGAUGGAUUUUUGGCCUCCUAAAUAUGACAAUAAAAAUACUGACUGGAGCCUUGUCAGAAAAUCGAAUCAAAUUGUAUUUGUCAAAUGUGCCGAAUACAACGGUGGUAGACUUUACUGUGAAAUGCUUUCUUACAAGCCCUUCCCUACAAUGCAGAGUUUAAAAAAUAUAUAAAUAAAACAUUUAAAUAGUAACACAAGAGGAAUAAAAUACACAAUAAUUAAGCUAGAAACAGGGAGUACCAGUACCAGAUCAAUGUGCAAGUGUAUGACGUAUUUGAGGUAGAUAUGUACAUGAAGGCAGGGUAAAGUGACUAGGCAUCAGGAUUUAUAAUAAUAUGAGUAAAAUCAAGAACAGAGUAGCAGCAGCAUAUGAUGAGUGUGAAAGUGUUUGUGCGUAUGUAGUGAAUGUGUGUGGGUUUUGUGUGAGAGUGUCAGUGUAGUGUGUGUGUGUGUGUGUGUGUGUAUAGUCUACAAUAAUAACCCAACACUACCCCAACCUACCAGGAGAACAUAGCUUUCAUAGGCCCAGAGAGGAAGAGCAAGGAAAUAGUCAUUUCAGAGCAGUCGUUUAGGACGUAUAACCCACCCUAACCCCGAAAAUGACUCCUGAGUUUAAGUCUCAUCCUUCUUCCAAGCAAAGUCAUGAAUGUGUAAUAAAACGAGGGACUAUUUAAUUCCUUCAGAUCAGGAUGCCAGACCAGACAGAAUUUGAGAAAUAUGCUAAUGUACACUGAACAAAAAUAUAAAAGCAACAUGUAGAGUGUUGGUCCCAUGUUUCAUGAGCUGUAAAUAAAAGAUCCCAGAAAUGUUCCAUACGCACAAAAAGCUUAUUUCUCUGAACAUUUGCCAAGAUAAUCCAUCCAACUGACAAGUGUGGCAUAUCAAGAAGCAGAUUCAACAGCAUGAUCAUUACAACGAUGCCCCUUGUGAUGGGGACAAUAAAAGGUCACUCUAAAAUGUGCAGUUUUGUAACACAAUACAAUGCCACAGAUGUCUCAAGUUUUGAGGAAGCGUGCAAUUGGCAUGCUGACUGCAGGAAUGUCCACCAAAGCUGUUGCCAGAGAAUUGAAUGUUCAUUUCUACCAUAGGCCGCCUCCAACAUCGUUUUAGAGAAUGUGGCAGUACGUCCAACCGGCAUCACAACUGCAGACCACGUGUAUUGCGCCGUGUGGGCGAGUGGUUUGCUGAUGUCAACGUUGUAAACAGAGCGCCCCAUGGAGGCAGUGGGGUUAUGGUAUGGGCAGGCAUAAGCUACGGACAACAAACACAAUUGCAUUUUAUCGCUGGCAAUUUGAAUGCACAAAAAUACCGUGACGAGAUCCUAAGGCCCAUUUUUGUAAAGAUAUCUGUGACCAGCAGAUGCAUUGUCUGUAUUCCCAGUCAAAUCCAUAGAUUAGGGCCUGAUGAAUUUAUUUCAAUUGACUGAUUUCCUCAUAUGAACUGUAACUCAGUCAAAUCUUUGAAAUGGUGGCAUGUUGCGUUUAUAUUUUUGUUCAGUAUACUUGCAAAUGGGAGGUAAUAAAUAAUUGAAUCUGUUACCCAUGCCUAAAGUGAUGUGAUUUUAAUUCCCUGUCUAUUUUCCUACUCUGAACCCCAAAAUGUCUGUCAGUGUCAGGCCAGUUGCACUUCCUCCCUGAGGGCAUUAGGGUCUCUGCAUCUAACUGUGUUGCUAUGGGGAUGAAAGCCAUAGUGAAUGGCUCCAGAUGCUUCUGUCCCUCUCUCUCCCAAAUCCAGUUAUUGGCCGCUAAUGAUAAUAGUGCUGGGUCAGUGAGGGGAAAUUGCAGGGUUUAUCUGUCCUGGUGGGCAGACAGUGGUGAUAUGAGGACUAUUGCAUUAAUAAUGCAAGAGGAUCCUGCCCUGGUGGAUUGAUUUACGGUGGGAAUGAGCAACAGGUGCGCUAUGAUUGUUGACUUUUUUUACUUUUUGAUAUUACUGGUACAAUCUUGAAGCGCCACAGUGCUAUGGUUUAGGCAGAGACAAGCUGUAGAAAAUUACUUUGAAAUCUCAAGAAGUGGAACACACGCAAACCUCACACCAAAAUAACUUCUCUCUGUGUCUCUCUGUAGGUAUCUCCAUGCCCAUCCCUGUCCUAGGCCUGCGGGACCACACCAAGGUAUUUAAAGAUGGCAGCUGCCUGCUGACAGACGACAGUUUCGUUCUGGUGGGCUCCUUCGUGGCCUUCUUCAUCCCCCUCACCAUCAUGGUGGUCACCUACUUCCUCACCAUCAGCGCCCUGCAGAACGAGGCUACCCUCUGCCUGGACCAGCUGGUGCCCCGGCCCAAGUGGAGCACCACCCUGACCCUGGGCUUCUUCCCACAGUCCUCGCUCUCCUCAGAGAAGCUCUUCUUCAGGCGUUCGCUCAGCCGUGACACAGGAGGGGUGGGAGGAGGAGUCGGCGGGGCCGGGGUGGACCCGCGGUACGGGCGUCGUACAAUGCAGUCAAUCAGCAAUGAGCAGAAGGCCACCAAGGUCCUGGGUGUGGUCUUCUUCCUGUUCGUGGUCAUGUGGUGUCCUUUCUUCAUCACCAACGUGCUGGCAGUGGUGUGCGACCCCGUGAACUGUGAUCCACGGGUGAUGGGGGGGCUGCUGAAUGUGUUCGUGUGGGUGGGAUACCUCUCCUCAGCCGUCAACCCUCUGGUAUACACUCUGUUCAACAAGACGUACCGUGCAGCCUUCUCCCGCUAUGUACGCUGCCAGUACAGCCCAGAGAGGAAGCCUCUGCAGCUCAUGUUGGUUAACACCAUCCCUCCACUGGCCUAUAACUCCACCCACCUGCCCCUGGAGGAAAUGGGUUCCCUCAGGAAUGGGGCCCAAAGUGGUGGAGGACCCAGGGACUCCUUACGAGCCCUGGUAAGGACCAAAUCAAACUCAGACAACGACAAGGCACCCAGGGACCAAGAUGAGAGCAUCAGCUGUGUGUGA